AGUGUCCGCGGGUUACUAGCGGUCAGUGGACACUCUAUAAGGUUGAGGCCCGCCGCCUCCUGCACGCACCGGGCACAAGUGAACUGCAUUUCCCAUCGUGCAUCGCGCCGGGAAGAGCCUCCUGGACCACAACUCCCGGCAUGCCGCCUGUCCCGGCGGCGCGGCCCGGAGCUGGUUUGACGGGCGGAGCGGUGGCGGAGGAUGGAGGCGGUGGUGUUCCUCUUCUCGCUCCUCGACUGUUGCGCGCUCAUCUUCCUCUCUGUCUACUUCAUCAUUACAUUGUCUGAUUUAGAAUGUGAUUACAUUAACGCUAGAUCAUGUUGCUCAAAAUUAAACAAGUGGGUCAUACCAGAGUUGAUUGGCCACACUAUUGUCACUGUGUUAAUGCUUGUUUCAUUGCACUGGUUCAUCUUCCUUCUCAACUUACCUGUUGCCACCUGGAAUAUAUAUAGGUUCAUCAUGGUGCCAAGUGGUAACAUGGGAGUGUUUGAUCCAACAGAAAUACACAAUCGGGGGCAGUUAAAGUCACAUAUGAAAGAAGCCAUGAUCAAGCUUGGUUUCUACCUGCUCUGUUUCUUCAUGUAUCUCUAUAGUAUGAUUCUAGCUUUGAUAAAUGACUGAAGCUGGAGAAGCCGGGGUUGAAGCCAGCUGCACUACACUGCACAAUUGAGGAGCCAGAGACUACUUAAACCACCCUUAAAACCAUGACCAUAGCAGUAUAUAUUUUGGUCUUUGAACAAAAAAAAAGCUAUUUUUGCUGUAUUUUUACCACAUAAAGUAUUUACAAAAAAAAAAAAAAUGAAUUGAGUUUUUGUAGAUUUCUGAUUCUCACCCUCAACACGUGAAAGUGUUUUGUGUUCUCUGUGGUAGAGCUGUUUGGUAGAGGUAGGAAUGUGUGCCAGCUUUGCAUGCCAAGGAAAUAAGAACACACCCAAAAGAGCCCUGACUAGAUGAGCUGGGCUGUCUUGAAGUCUGAGAAGCCGGAGCAGAGAGCAAUACAGCUAUUAGUUACCCCUCUUGUCUAUAUUGUGGCAACUUCAUGUUAAUGUGGCUUAAGAAUUUUGGGGACUUUUCAGCUAAGUCUUUCAACAGAAAAUGACAUUUUAAAAUAUAAUUAUUUCUUUGCAAUAUUUGAAGGCAUGUGCCCAGGUACAAUGUAAUUCCUGCUUACAGAAAGGAAAAAUAAAUUUUAAAAUCAAGAUUUUUAUCAAGAGCUUUCAUUUUAAAGCUUGUAUCUCUAUAAUUCCAUACUCCCUCCCAUCCCCUCCCCCCCACACACACAGUCGUCACCUUGGCUCUUGCCAGGCUUUAUUUUUGCAGCAUGAUUGUUCCAUUUGUAUUUCAUCUCUUUAGUAAUAUGUUUUAAUGGAUUUGGAGAGGCGACUUGCUAGAAGCCUCUCAGAAUGAGGAACUCAGUCAGUCAUUGUUAGUGAAACAGCCGUGAGUCCUCACUUGGUGCAGAAUUAAUUGCGCCUCCUUUCCCUUUGUGCUGAUCACUCCGUGGAUCGGGAAACCCAGUACAAGCCAUUGCAUGCACAUGGCAGUAACUAAGCACUCUUUAACUCUGGCUCUGGAUGAGAGCAGUUCACCUCCUAGCCUCUGUUUAUCGUGUCUUGCAGUGCAGCGUGAAUCUGGCAAUUCUUCCUCGGUCCUAUCUGCACUUUAAUGUUGGUGUCCUAAGCACUGGUAUUUAAGAAAACAUGACUGUUCACUUUGGCAUGAUGGACCUUGGUGGCAAAACAGUGUGUGGUUUCCCAGAAGAUUAGAUGUUUAAAUAUCGCAUGUCUUAUUGAGAAUUGGUAGAAGCAAGAGAGCCAGGAAGCUAGAUUCCCUGUCAGAAUGGGAGCAUGCUCUGUCCACAUAGGAAAAAAGGAUUCGGGAUGGCUUGCAAAGGAAACUUGGUUCACUGAACUCUGAAAUUCACAGAAAUUCCCAACAGUAAUCUUGUAUUUCUGCCUGGGAAAGGGCUAAGAAGCUGUAACACAGGAGUUAGUUUGUUUCCAUCUUUUUCAUACCGUUUCUCUCUGAGACACCUGCUUAACACCCCACCCUACCUUCCUUUUCCUCUCGGUGUCGCUCAAGCUUUUCAGACAGACCUGUUGGAGGAGUCAUAGAACUGAGACAGUCAGCUAUCAUACUUAACAUGGCUCCAAGGGAGUGGAGGAUUUGGGGCUCAAAUGUUUCAUCUUCUCCAAGUAUUCUUAACCCAAACGGAAAGCGAUAUGGCCAAGCACCUUUGGGCUAUCACUGUCUGUCAGGUGUAAGCUGCUAAGGCCGGGUGAAUGAGAAAGCUGCCUAGUCUUUAACAAUCAAACUUCAUUCUGAAACACUAACUAGUUACCAACAACCCCUUUCUUUCUCAUACUGCUUGUGUAUAUCAAAGCCAGGAAAGGGAUUGGGAAAGUCAUUCCUCUGGACUUUUUGGAGGGAGAGGGAUGCUUCUAGAAGUGCUGAAAAGGCGGGAGCAAGCACUGGCCCUCAGUGGCUGUGGUUGGGCUGACAGUGCUGCUGUACAGUGCUCAGGGCAUUGCAGGGACCUCCGAGCUAUCUGUUCUAGCAUUUUCAUCUCCAAGAUGGAGACAGGCCUGGGGAUUGUCAGAGGUCUCCAAAGUGUGAACACCUGAAGUCUAGUUCAGUUCAGUGUCCGGCUGUGCCCUCUGUAAAGACUCUAAUGUUGAGGGCCUUGCCAGUACAGACUGCCAUUGGGUGCUCCUAUGCUGGGUCAUGUCGCCCUUUGCUUGUAGACUUUUAGCAAUAGCAGAUGACUGUUAGCUCUCCAGAGCUGAGGGAGUGAGACCCAAGAUGCAGCCCCACUCGUCACAUCUAGCAGGUCCCUCUUCAUGCCUGCUACACAAGAGGAGGAUGUAGCAAGAACUCAGAGGCUUCCCUCUGACGUGGUCUGACUUUAAACCUCUGAACUGUCUCCUAUGGGAAGUGCUGUCACUUGUAUGCAGUUGGUCUCUCUUCCUAGAUUGUGCGCUCCUGGAGAGCAGAGUCCACUGUGCUCAUGUUUGUGUUGUCUUCCUUUCUCUCCUGGCGCCUAAUACAGUGCCUUGCACACAGAAACAAUAAAUGGCUGUUGAAUAACAAGCUGA